AUGCCCACCCACGUGGAGCCCUAUGAGACUUUGGAGGGCGCAUUGCCGCAUCGGACGCAGGCUCAUGCCUCCGAGGCAGACAAUGGACAGGCCCUGCGGACGCCGGUAGCAGUCCCCGAAGCUGCACGGAACGAGUUUGGGAGUCUGGGCAGUGAUGGAGCGUGGCAUGUGCAGGAUACAUAG